GGUGGCAUUACGUGUAGUGAUGUAAACAUUGAAAUCUACGAAAUUUAUUCUGUAAUGUUUUUCUAAUGUAGUGUUGUGAUUUAAAGGGUUACAUUUUUGUGUUGUGAAGAUGACGGCGAAUAUGUAUCGAGUCGGAGAUUACGUCUAUUUUGAGACGUCUUCAACGUCGCCCUAUCAAAUCCGCCGUAUCGAAGAAUUAAACAAAACAGCGUCGGGUAACGUUGAAGCGAAGGUAAUGUGUUUUUACCGGAGAAGAGAUUUGCCUAGCCAGCUGAUCCAGCUCGCUGACAAACACCAAUGUGCCUUAGACGAAUCGGACGAGAGCCCCAUCCCGGAGACGUGCGGCCGGUCGGGAGAGCCGCCGCUCAGUCCGAAGCAGCGCCACCAGAUGAAGCACCGCGAACUGUUCCUGUCGCGACAGGUGGAGACGCUGCCCGCCACCCACAUACGCGGCAAGUGCUCCGUCACGCUGUUCAACGAGACGGAGGCGCUCGGCGCCUACCUCGACAGGGACGACAUGUUCUUCUACUGUCUGGUGUUCGAUCCGACCCAAAAGACUCUGCUGGCAGACAAAGGUGAGAUCCGAGUGGGCAGCCGAUACCAGUGCGACGUGCUGCCCGCGCUGCGCGACCCCGAGCGCGACGACCCGCGGGCCGCCCCCCACUCCGAUCCCGAGACGGUCACGUGGACGCCCCGACACUCGCUCACCGACCGACAGAUCGACCAGUUCCUCGUCGUCUCGCGCUCGGUGGGUACGUUCGCGCGUGCCCUUGACUGCAGCUCGAGCGUGAAGCAGCCGUCGCUGCACAUGUCGGCGGCCGCGGCCAGUCGUGACGUCACGCUGUUCCACGCCAUGGACACGCUGCACCGGCACGGCUACGACCUGUCGGCGGCGCUGUGCUCGCUGGUGCCGUCGAGCGGGCCGGUGCUGUGUCGGGACGAGAUGGAGGAGUGGAGCGCCUCGGAGGCGAAUUUGUUCGAGGAGGCGUUGGAUAAGUACGGGAAGGAUUUUAACGAUAUUCGUCAAGAUUUCCUUCCUUGGAAAACGCUGAAAAACAUUAUAGAGUACUAUUACAUGUGGAAAACCACUGACAGAUACGUCCAACAAAAGAGGGUGAAAGCCGUCGAAGCCGAAUCUAAACUGAAACAAGUCUACAUUCCCAACUACAAUAAGCCAAAUCCUGCAGCACUAAAUAACAACAAGGGGGUGAUAAAUGGUAGUAGUAAUGGCAGUUCAGAUCCGGCAGUGUCAUUAGGUGGAAAAGCUUGUGAAUCCUGUAAUGUUACAGUAUCGAACCAAUGGUAUGCAUGGGGUCCUUCCCAUAUGCAAUGCCGCCUCUGCCAAGUUUGUUGGCACUAUUGGAAAAAAUAUGGUGGACUGAAAAUUCCCACGCGAUUCGGGGAUGGGGAUUUCGAAAACGGUAACAAAAAGAAAUCGAGCAGUGACGCAGAAGAAGAACGAAUCCCAGGCAUGUCCCACAGACCCCAUCGAUGUAACAUCGGAGGGUGUGGUAAAGAGUUCAAGCUGAAAGCCCACCUAGGAAGGCACUACGCGACGGCGCACGGAAUAAUGGUGCGGUCCGGCUCUCCGAGGCCUAUUAUGAAAACUCGGACGGCGUUUUAUUUGAACACGACGCCCAUCACCAGGAUUUCGAGGAGGCUGUGCCGGCACAUAAUGAGGCCGAGGCACGCCGCUAGAGCACCCUUCUUCGCCAUAAACAUACAGGCUGUCAAGCAGGAGUGCGGGAUACAGAUGAUUGGCAAAACGCUGACGGACCUGAAACAACUCCUCCUCUACAAAAAACGGAACCGGGGCAGCGUGACCGCCAUAGCCACUCGGCUGGGCCGCCCCGGCUCCGUGACGCCGCAAUGGCUCGUGCUGACCGCCAAAGACAUGUUACCGCUGCCCGACAAGGAGGCGUUCCCCAAGCCGCCCAAGGCGCCCGACGGCAGUCUGAUGUACGAGAAGAUACCCAACAAGCCGGAGGCCGACAAGAUCCCGCUGAACAAUGUGUCGCCGUCGCUGAAACGGAGGGCCUACGAGGAGAUGAACGGGAUGGACAGCGUAUCUUUGAGCGUGCCACCUACCAAAAGAAUAACGAAAGAACCAGUACAAGUAACGCGACCGGAACAAUUCCAAGCCAUGAUAACUGCCCAACUCGCCCCUGGUCAACCCCUGCCCCGUCACAUUGCACAAAUCAACGGAAAACCAAAAAUUGCUCACAUGACCAGGACAGGUUCGGGAAGGAAACAAGUGAUAAGUUGGAUGGAUGCUCCAGAUGAUGUGUAUUUUAGGGCUACAGAAGCAAACAAGAAACUCCGACGCCAAGUUACAUUGGCAGAACUGAGAAGAGGAGCUAGGAAACCUUGGAGGCAACUGAAAACCAAAAUGGACGAUCUUCAUGUGGUGGUUCUCGAUUGACCAUGAACUUGAAUUGUUUAAAUUGUAAAUUAAUUCCGCCAAGUGCUCAUUGUGCGGCGGCACAAUUUUUAAUGAAGACGAUUCCUACAAUAUGACCUCGUGGGAAGGAUCUGUGUGACGUGAAACGUGAAAGAACCAGGGUCGAAAGAUGACUAGGGAUGGGGUUAUGUUGAAAGGAGCGCAUUUUUUAAUCACCUUUAGCAAUAUCCUGGAUCAUUUUUCAUGGUGAUGAUCAUGGCGACACUGUAACAUACACAAAGAUCGGUCACCUCAUGUUUAACUGUUAUGAUCAGAUUUAUUUAUUUAUUGUGAUGUAAAACGGCAGUACAGCUUUUUAUUGAAGUGUUCGUUUGUACUCUUUUUACAAAGUACAAAAUUAUUGUUUGUGUUCUGGAACACAGGAUUCAGCACAAUGUGUUUUUAAGUACAAAAUAUUUCAAUUUAUAUUAUUAUUUCUUAUUGCUUUUUCUUAUGACUACUUAGGAUUGAGAAUAUUUCGAUAAAAAAUUGUGCUCCAUUGUUUUACAAUAAUUAUGAUUUUGUACAUAUUUGCCUAGUUAUAUGGUUACUUUUGAUUUAAUAAAAAACACAUGCAUCUGCGAGAACAUCA